AAUUCGAUUAUGAAAAUUAAACAAAAAAAUUUGUCAUCACUAGGUUCCAAUACUUUCAUACAGAAAAAAUUAUAAUUCAAAUAACUAUCUUCAAGCCAAGAAAUUUUAAAUGCAAUAAUAAAAACAAACUUUGUUUGACAUGAUGGAUGAGGCUUCUCAAACUGAAUGGAUAGACUCUUUUGAUAAAUUGUUAAAUAUCAGGCCGCAACUACGUGAACUCAACAUAAUUAAAAAUGCUGUAAGAGUAUCAUUCAACAUUGACUCAAGUGUAGAAACCAGUAUAAAGGCUAUAGAAAUAAAAGAUUCAUCCAAAGCUCAGCAAAAUUAUUUUGAUUCCGCCGAUUGUUCAAGAAAAACCUAUGAUCAGAACAAUUUAAUAUCAACUCCAUGCACCAAACGGUUAGCUUCCGAAUUAUUUAAUUGCAGACUGUCUCCUAUAACUGGCAUAAAACUUGAAGGAUUUGAAUUUAAUACUACCAAGAAAAAAAAAGAAAUGGAAUCAGAAGUUAAAAACAAAAUUCGAUUUGAAAUUUUACCUUACAAUGUUGGUCGAGAUAUUCAUGAAAUUAAUAUCAGUUGUGAAAAAAGUAUAGUGCUUUUACCUCCUUUUGCUUUACAGCCAGGAAAGUGGCGGAAAUCAUUAAAUAGCUUGCGCACGUCUCGACUGAUUGAACCAACCAUAAACAAAUGGGGAACCAUUAAAGCCAGACAGUCAAGAUCUCAAGUAAACGGCCGUAUGUCUGUACGUCUUACUGAUUUAAAUGAAAUUGAUUGUGAUCAUCAACAAGAAGUUUUAAAACAUUGUGAUCAGUUCAAGCCGCUUUCAUUUCAUGCUACAUAUCCAUCAACACGGAUGACGAACCCAGUUAAAGUAGGCGAAGGUGCUUACGGUGAGGUUUUUAGGUGCACCAAUUCUUCCAACAAUAAUAGCGAACAUAACGUCGACAUUGUUCUAAAGAUAAUACCUAUAGAAGGAUCAAUUGAAAUUAAUGGAGAGAAGCAAAAAACAUUUGCGGAAAUUUUGCCUGAAAUAAUCAUUACUAAAAAAAUGUCCAGCCUUCAAGCCAAUGCAAUAAACUCCACUGCCGGAUUUGUAAAUAUACACAAGACCACACUAGUUAGCGGCAAAUAUCCACAACAUUUGGUAAAGCUUUGGGAACAAUACGACGCUAAAAACAAUUCUGAGAAUGAACAUCCCCGAGUUUUUGGAGACAAACAACUUUUUUUAGUUCUUGAAUUGGAGUUUGCGGGAAACGACAUGUCAAAUUUUACAUUUACCAAUGCAGCACAAUCUUAUUUUAUGCUGCAACAGAUUAUAUUAACCCUGGCCAUUGGGGAAGAAGAGUGCCAAUUUGAGCACAGAGACCUUCAUUGGGGCAACGUUUUAAUUAAAGAUACUGACAAGAAAGAUAUUUAUUUUAAAUUUAAGAACAAGGACUUGACACUUCCUUCAAAAGGAGUGAAAAUAUCUAUUAUUGACUACACUCUUUCAAGAAUAACUAUUGGCCAGUCUUGCUAUUUUAAUGAUUUGUCCAGUGAUGAAGACCUUUUUUCAGCCACUGGAGAUUAUCAAUAUGAUAUAUACCGUAUGAUGCGGAAUGAAUUAAAAAACAACUGGGCUUCUUUUUCCCCGAAAACCAAUAUCCUAUGGCUUUCCUACUUAGUUGCAAAACUAAUAAAUGGCGUAAAAUACAAAUAUGUCAAUACAAAGAUUCACAAGCAGCACAUUGAAAUGUUAAAAGAAUUGCAAAAGAAUAUGCUAAGCUUUGACAGUGCCGCAAGGUGUGCAAAUAAUAUGCUUAAGUUGACGUAAAACUACUGCUUUCACAAAUAAAAUAACAAAAACUCUAGUUUUCAUUUGAUUGCUAUGUACACUGAAGUCACAAUUAUUUUCCUUUUAUAAUAAACUUAGUUCAAAAA